AUGUCAUCUCGUAGCUCUGGGGUGGCCUUAGGGCUGGGUUCCCAGCCCAGCUGCAGCACCUCUCUGCCCGUGCAAAGAAAUUCCUUCCCGGCGUCGCAUCUCCUUCCGCCGCGGAGCCGCUCGCUCGCCCUGCUCCGCCAGGAAGACUUCGAGAGCUUCAACGGGAGCUUCUGUGACGUGAGCGAUGCUCUGGAGGCUGAUCCCCCAUGCAACUGCUCCGUCCCUGACCCGCAGCUGGUCCAGAGGAUCGUGUCCCAAGUGGAGUUCUACCUCUCUGAUGAGAACCUGGCCAAGGACGCUUUCCUCCUGAAACACGUCCAGAAGAACAAGAUGGGCUUUGUCAGCAUCAAACUGCUGACGUCCUUCAAGAAGGUGAAAUACCUGACGCGCGACUGGCGGCUCACGCUCUAUGCCCUGCAGUUCUCAGAGCUGCUGGAAGUGAACGAGGAAGGCACCAAAGUGCGGCGGCGGGUCCCAGUCCCCGAGUCCCUGCUGAGCAUCCCCCCCAGCAAACUGCUGCUGGCCUGGGAGCUGCUGCCCCAGGAGCAGAACGUGCUGCCACCGCUCCAGAAAAACUUCCUUGAGACCAUCACGAGGAUGUUCAGCCCCUUCGGCGCCAUCGCCUCCAUCCGCAUCCUGCGGCCGGGCCGCAAGCUGCCCUCGGAUGUGCGGAAAUACACGUCGCGCUUCCCCGAGCUGCUGAGCAAGUGCUGCGCGCUGGUGGAGUACGAGAGCCUGGAGAGCGCCCGCAGGGCCUUCGAGAACCUCGGCCGCCAAAACCGCCCGGGCAGCGAGAGCAUCAUGGUGGUCCGGCUCUGCGGGAAGGGCUCCAAGAAGAAACCUGGGGCUGAGAGGGAGGCAGCGGAGGAGCUGGUGGACCGGAUGGGUUGGAAGGCACAGGAGGCAGCCGCGACCUUCCCCUAUGGCAUCGGGGACUCCCUGCUCUGCAGCUCCCCGGAGUCAGACGGUGCCCCGGCGUCACCGCCCCUCUGCCUGAGCAAGGACCCCUUGGCAUCCACCUGGCCCAGCGGCGACUUCAAGCCUGGCGACUUCGGCAAUGCCUUCACCGGGUCGCUCCUCACCAGCAAAGUCUUCCCUCCGCUCGGGGCUGGCUUGGGCACCGGCAGCUGCUACGGCUUCUGCUCCAGCACCGAGAGCUGCUGCGGCUGGGGGAGCAGGAUGGGUGCCUGGGCGCCCUGGCGUAACAGCUCCUCUCCCGAUGCCAAACGUCCUCUCGGCAAUCCCCCGGCAGCGAAGUGGGGGACCGAGCCCCUCAGCCUGCGGGACGGGGUGCUUCGCCUGCCCCAUGGCCCCGAUGGCACCAAGGGCUUCUGCAGCAGCAUCGGGAGAGGAGAGCUCGUCCUCCGGCCCUGA